AUGACGACCGCCGAGUUCAUCCACAUUGACCCGACUUCCUUCACAGGGAAGCCGUGGGCCAAAGUCGACGGCCCAGGGUGGUCCUACAAGCAGAAUCCUCACCAGCGCGAUGUCAUCAGCCUGCGUGGCCAGGAACACAAAUUUAACACCGAUAACGCUGGAUUUGCCGUCUACAAGUCGGCUGCCAAGGAAAAGCUCUUUGAAGAUGACACCACAGUCAGAAACGAAUACUACCCCGAAGUGGAAGCUAUGCUCCGCUCAAAGCUGCCCGGAAUCAAGAAGGUUGUCAUGUUCGACCACACGAUCCGUCGUCGUAGGAAAGAUGCACCUCGCCAACCUGUUCAGCAAGUCCAUGUAGACCAAACGCCUGCCGCUGCCGCUGCACGUGUUCGUCGCCACUUGCCGAAAGACGAAGCCGAAGAGUUAUUGAAGGGUCGCUAUCAAAUCAUCAAUGUUUGGCGGCCAAUCGAGAACCCAGCAUCGGACAUGCCUCUCGCAGUAGUCGACUACCGCAGCACCGAGCCUAAGGAUUUCGUUCCGGUAGACUUACUCUACCCAAAAACUUCCAUCAAUUCUGAAUACGAUGCUCGCGGGAAGGAGGUUCUGCCUAACCCUGAGUCCACAACGUCAACAGAGGGCUACGAGGUAUUCGGCGAGACGCUCUCGGUUGCCCCGAACGACAAGCACAAGUUCUACUACAUGAAAGACAUGACUCCAGAAGAAGUCAUGCUUUUGAAGUGCUAUGACUCUCGAGGAGAUGGUGAGCCGGGCGGAAAUCCGAACACCGCUCUGCGGGUCGCACAUACCGCCUUUGUGGAUCCCAACACGCCGGCUGAUGCGCCUGGUCGCCAGAGUAUUGAGGUCCGGUGCUUGGUAUUCUAUGAGUAG